AUGGUUGUUGGAUUGUUGGAGUCAGACGUGCAUGGGGACAUUGCUGAAGAGGACUCGACUGGCUAUGAGGAUCCAGAUGAUAUGAAAUGGGAUAGCCACAGAGAACUUAUUGUCUCUGCGUUCUGUCCGGUGUACAACACAGCGCUUCAGAAGACAGUUGAAGGCUCACAUAAUUCUACAAACCUUUCAUCUAACUCUACAACUCUAGUUUCUAAAACACACAACGAGCCAUACUACUACAAUCAGGCCACCAAGGAAUCGUCGUGGGAGCCCCCAUAUGGCACCGAUUCAGACAAGCUCAAUGCUUACGUGGCGAAGUUUAGGGCCAACGGCAACAAACCUUUAGUCAACGACGACGGUAAAAUUAGAGCAUCGCAUUUGCUCGUGAAAAACGAGACGUCCAGAAAGCCCAAGUCGUGGAAGAGCCCCGAUGGCAUUACCCGAACAAGAGACGAAGCAAUUUCCAUCAUGAAAGAGCACCAGAGAAGAAUUCUCAACGGUGAAGUGAAGUUGUCCGAUUUGGCUCAAACGGAGAGUGACUGUUCUUCUCAUACAAAUGGUGGCGACUUGGGCUUUUUUGGCAAGGGCCAGAUGCAACCUGCCUUUGAGCAGGCUGCGUUUGCCCUCAAUGUGGGUGAAUACAGUGACAUUAUCGAAACGGACAGUGGUAUUCACAUCCUUCAGAGGACUGGCUAA